GCCUGCGCAGCAGGCGGGGAAGUAGGAGCUGGCGGCUGUCGGGCUCGGUGCGCUGAGCGCGGGCUCGGGCUUUGCCUGAGGAACGGGUCGGGUCGGCGUCUCCUGGAGCCCCGGCCCGGGGAAGGAGCUGCGGGGACGGGCCCGGAGCCGGACAUGGCGCGGUAGCCGUCAGCGGGAGCGGUCGGGACUCGGGCAGGAGGCGCAGCCCCCGCGGCACCGAACGGAUCCCUGCCCGCGCGGGAGGCUGCGCGUCUGAGGGGGAGCCUGAAGCCAGGGGGGAGGGGCGGCGAGCUCCCGACAGAGCCCGAAGCGCGCGGGGAGGCGACCUGCAGCCCCGGCGGGGGCCCCUGGCGCUGGCCGGUGCCCGCUGCGCGCCCAGCCCGGUGACACGCCGCGGGGGGCCGCGAGCCGCCGCAUCCCCCCGGCCCGGCAGGCGGCUGGGGGCUCUGGCGGCCGCACGCUCUCCGUAGCCGCGCGGGCACGGAGCGGGACUCUCCGCCCCGGGCUGGGGGGCUGCUUCGAGCCGCGCCAGCCCUGCGCUGACACCCGAGGCCGGGCUGUGGCGGGAUGCGCAGGAGCCGCCCGCGCCUGUGAGUCCGAGUCCGGGGGGGGCCCUUCAUCGGUAGCUCAUUGGGGCCACCUGCAGUGCCACUGGCCGGUGGAUGGACUGACUGCCUGGGCGCCCGGGGGCUUCCUUGCUGCGAGUCCGCGGCCCCUUUCUGCGUGUGGGGGAACAACCCCCCGCGCUGUGCUGUAGGAGGCGCCUCGGCCUGUGAAGACCCUUCCCAUCUACACCUGUGCUCGUUCCACUUCGGAUGAAGAUGAUGCUCGCGAAGUGGACUUCACAGUAUUGGAACCGUCUCUCUUCCUUGCCAGUCUUGGUCCUGGUUAACUGUUGUGUCUUGCUGGCUAGCGCGGAUAAUACCAGUCAGGCAUAUUACACAGCCCUCAUCAAUGUGACUGUCUUGAACCCCGACCGAGUCAGCCCUGCGUUACUAAGGCUCGAUCGUGGGCGCUACGGGCGGGAUUCCCCCAAAGUGGAGGUCAAAGGCCUGCUGCUGGCACCAGUGCCUAUCAACGGAGUGGUGGAUCGUCUGGGCUGUGAUCCUCGAACACGUUUCCAUGUUCCUCCGAAUACCAAGCAGUGGAUUGCCUUGCUGCAACGAGGAAACUGUACAUUUAGAGAGAAAAUAUUGCGAGCAGCUUCACAUAAUGCCACAGCUGUGGUCAUUUACAACAAUAUAUCCAGUGAGGAACCUGUCACUAUGACUCAUCAAGGUUAUCGGAUUGUCGUUGCUAUAUCCUCUCGUCGUCUUGGAGAUGCUGCGAAGAAAGCCAUCAGCAAAUUGACAACCAGGACAGUAAAGAAGGGUGAUAAGGAAACAGACCCAGACUUUGAUCAUUGUGCUGUCUGUAUCGAGUGUUACAAGCAGAACGAUGUUGUCCGCAUUCUGCCAUGCAAGCACGUUUUCCACAAAGCCUGUGUGGAUCCUUGGCUUAGCGAACACUGUACCUGUCCUAUGUGUAAACUGAACAUUUUGAAGGCUCUGGGAAUUGUACCAAGUGUGCCAUGUACAGAUAACGUAGCCUUUGAUAUGGAAAGGCUCACCAGAGGCCAGCCAGCCAAUAGACGAUCAGCACUUGGUGACUUUGCCAAUGACAACUCACUCAGCCUGGAGCCCCUACGUACUUCUGGGAUGUCACAGCUUCCACAGGACGGGGAAAUAACUCCAAGGACAGGGGAGAUCAACAUUGCCGUAACAAAAGAAUGGUUUAUUAUUGCCAGUUUUGGCCUCCUCAGUGCCCUCACACUCUGCUACAUGAUCAUCAAAGCUACAGCUAGCUUGAAUGCUGACGAAGCAGAAUGGUAUUGAAGAAACACUUUCUGACAGAUUUGCCUUGGAGAGACACCUAUUUUUUGCAUCAUUUAUUGAUCAUGCAGCAUACGCAGUUACAUUUAGUACAUUUAUUUUUCAUUAAAGUUUGCUAAUGCCAAAGCUUUGUAUUAAGAAAAAAUGAAGAAAUAAACUUUAAUUAUGAAAA